CCACAAAAUAUAAUAUAUGUGGUCUCAGAUACUCCAUGGGAAAUCGGAAAUUGGAAGAAUCAAUGUAACAAAAUCAAAGAAGGUGUUGUGUUGCAUUACUCUCCAUUAUUACUUUCACUUCUUCUUCUUCAGAUGCUUUGCUUCUGAUAUACAUACAAAUCUCUAUUUGAUGUUAAUGGUUAUGGUGGUGAAUUCCAUUUCCUUGUUGCGGCCAGAGCGGAAGCUGUAAGUAGUAACUCCCCUUGCGUGACUGACUCAGUCUGAGAAUAUUAUUCGAAUCGGUUGUGGUGUGGUGGUGGUCAAUCAUGGCACAAUUUACUGCCAGUGGCCGUCUCAAAUGUCUCUUCAGCGGCGACGGAUUGUCGGUUGGGUUCGAAGCGUUUCACCAACGUAAAGCUGAGGAGUUUGGCAGCGCUACCGGAGCUUUAAGAUUCGCCUACUUGCGUUCGCUUCCGCAUGGAAAUCACAAGCGCAGGCUCUGCUUCUUUAGUGGUGUCACUGUUCACGCCUCCACACCGUCGUCGUCGCCUGUUAGAAACUAUUCGGAUGAUAUUUUCGAUGAUGCCUCAGAGGAUGACCACGCUGAAAUUGAUAUCGAUGAACUUGCUGGUUUCAGGGGCCUGGUUUUGGACAUCUCAUACAGGCCUGUCAAUGUUGUCUGCUGGAGACGUGCCAUAUGUUUGGAGUACAUGGACAAGGCUGAUGUUUUAGAAUAUUAUGAUCAAACUAUAAACUCUCCUAGUGGUUCAUUCUAUAUUCCUGCUGUGCUGAGGGUCCCUCAUUUACUACAAGUUGUCAAGCGAAGGAAAAUGAAAAGAGGCCUCAGUCGUAAGAAUAUUUUUCAUCGCGACAAUUUCAUGUGUCACAUGCUCAACAGAUAUUGUUCUUCGCAAGAGAAUUUGACGGUUGAUCAUGUUCUACCAAUUGCGCGUGGGGGAAAGUGGACUUGGGAAAAUCUGGUAGCUGCCUGUGCCAAAUGCAAUUCGAAGAAAGGCCAGAAAACAUUGGAAGAAGCAGAUAUGAAAUUGAUGAAGGUCCCCAAGGCCCCAAAGGACUUUGACAUCCUGGCCAUACCCCUAACAAAUCAUGCAAUAAAGAUGCUGAAGGCGCGGAAAGGUAUGCCGGAGGAGUGGCGGCAAUACCUGUCGAAGCCUUAUGUCGGGCCAUGACUUGGACUUGUGCAAGGUAAGGAUGAUCUUGAUAUUGAUUGAUUCACAUAUGGUGGAUAUGUAUAUGCAUGUAUGUAUCUAUGUUGAUGGGGCUUUGAAGGUUCUCAGAUUUGGUAAUGAUGUGGUUUAAAUAAAUUUGAAUGAAUGCCUUAUAUAGUUAGUGAAUAUAUAGUCGAUAUUCUUGCCUUC